UUAAACUUUUAAGAAUGACCUAAAUGUCUUAGUUACCAGGUCAUAAAAUCCCUUAAAAAAAGCUUUUAAGCUCUAAUUUAAGUUAGAUAUCAAUAACAAAAAAUAACUAAAAUUAACAAGAUGGUAUUAACAAGAGAAUACAGAAUAUGCAUGCCUAUGACUGUAGAAGAGUACCGUAUUGGUCAAUUAUACAUGAUAGCAAGACACAGUUUUGAGCAAUCUAGUAAUGGUGAAGGUGUGGAGGUGAUAGCAAAUGAACAGGUGAAUGAUGAAAAAAAUGGUAUGGGACAGUUCACUGAGAAGAGAAUCCAUUUAUCUAGUCAUUUGCCUUAUUGGGUCCAAUCUAUGAUACCAAAAAUAUUUUAUGUUACGGAAAAGGCAUGGAAUUUUUACCCAUACACAAUAACCGAAUACACAUGCUCAUUCAUACCGAAAUUUUCCAUCUCUAUUCAAACAAGGUAUGAAGAUAAUAAUGGGACCACUGAAAAUUGCCUUGGUUUCACCUCUGAAGAGUUAGAACAGCGAGAAGUAGACUUUAUAGACAUUGCAUAUGAUGAUAUCAAAUCACACCAUUAUAAAGAAGCUGAAGACCCUAAGUUUUUCAAAUCAGAGAAAACCGGCCGCGGACCUCUAAUUGAAGGGUGGAGGGACACAUUCAAACCCAUAAUGUGUUGUUACAAAGCUGUUUCUAUUAAGUUUGAAGUAUGGGGCUUUCAAACCAGAGUUGAAGAGUAUGUGCAGGGAGCAAUUCGCGAAAUUUUAUUAUUGGGACAUCGUCAGGCAUUUGCCUGGAUGGAUGACUGGUAUAACAUGAGUAUAGAAGACGUAAGAGAAUAUGAACGCGAAAUGCAAGCCAAGACGAAUAUAAAGUUGAAAACGACUUCUGAGAAUGGUGAAGGGAAAUCUGACGAGAGUGACGAGACGAAAUCGAAUUCUUCGAAACCACAGACUCCGAGAACUCCGAAAUCGCCAAAGAGUCCAAGCAGUACUCCGACAGCAGAGGGACGAAAUUGGUUCAAUUGGUCGUAAAAAUAUUAAACAGAGCCACAGGACCAGUACAAAAGACCUACCCAAAGAAACUAUUUUCAUAUCUUUGGGUAACGAAACGAUCAUUAUAUUUUCAUAAACCUCAUUCAUAAUGUUGAGAGAUUUUUGUUUAAUUUAUUAGAUUCAUCUUACUCUUAAACAUGACAGGCAUUUUUUAAAUCAUCAAUAUUAUCAAAACAACAACAAUCAACAUUGUCACCUGGUGUGUUCAAUCUGUACUCUUAGUACAUUGUAAUAGGACUCAAUACACCAUACCGUUUGACUCAGAUCUAUCAGGGGU